CCUUCUGCCAUGCAAGAAAAGUUCAAGCAAAGCACCCCCUUGUUUUAAAAGCAAGGGAGGCAAGGGGGAAAGUAUCUGGGUAGCCAAGGAGGCAAGGAAAAAGGCUUUUGGCAGCAAGGGAGGUGGGGAAAGGCUUUUGGUGGCAAGGGAGGCUGCAGGAGGGCGGGGGGAGCAGGAAAGAGGAGGAAAAGCUUGAAGGAAGAGGGGGAGGAGGAGGAGGGGAAAGUGGAGCCCCUCAGUAUGCUUCACGGAGCCCAAGGACUCUACGUAGCACACAUUGAGAACCACAGGUGUAGUUAGUUCAGCAUUCUGUUUACAUUUAUGUCUCACUCAGAUACGUAGAGAACAUCUAAGAAAGAGGGCAUCAUGGUCCUCCUUCCUUUGUCCCUAACAUUUCUUGGCAAUGAUAUAUUGUUUCUGAGCAUGGGAGUUCCAUUUCACUGCUUCUUGAUUAAUAAUAAUAUUGAUGAUCUUUUCUUUUUUUUAAUAAACAGAUCAAAGGAAGACUUUUAAAGACACUACAUUCUCUGUAGUAAAAGACAUCAGCAUGUUUUAUUUGCACUCCUAGCAUCUAAAACAUUCAAAUUCAGCAGUAGCGUAGUGCAUCCAGCACAGUAACUGCCUCUAUGAACUGAUUUUCCAUUAAUCACAAUUGUUGUCAUUUUAACUAUUCAGCUUACGUUACACUAGAAAUGCCUUAAUGGAAAGCCAAUAUAAUCACCACAAUCAGGAGCCAGCAAACACUGAAAUGGAGCUAAACAAUGCUGUACGAUAUGGCUCAAUUGAGACUGUCCAGCAGCUUUUGGAAGAUGGCGGAGAUGUCAAUUCAAAGGUGAAAGAUGGUUGGACACCCCUUCAUAGUGCUGUACAACGAAAUAAUGAAGCUAUUGUCUACCUUCUUCUUAGAAAGGGGGCUGACCCACAUGUUAAGAAGGAUAAUGGGGCUACUCCUUUUAUUCUAGCUGGGAUAAAAGGCAAUGUGAACCUUCUGAAGCUGUUUCUUGAGAAAGGAUCCGAUAUCAAUGAGUGCGAUAUCAACGGCUUCACUGCUUUCAUGGAGGCUGCUUGGUAUGGGAAGGAGGAAGCCCUGAGGUUUUUGUAUGAGAGUGGGGCAGAUGUCAAUUUGGGAAGAGUAGUUGAUGAGGAGAAAAAGGCCCUAAAUAAAGGAGGUGUAACAGCCUUGAUGGAUGCUGCCAAGCAAGGCCACAUCACUGUGGUAGAAGCCCUAGUCAAAGAGAUGAAUGCCGAUGUGAAUAUCUGUGACAAUCAGGGAAGGAAUGCAUUAAUCCAUGCUUUCCAUAUCGGAGAAGCCAAAGACUGGAAGAAAGACAAAGAGGACAUUGUCAUUUUUCUUCUAGAACAUGGUGCCGAUGUGACCAAGAGAGAUGAAAGUGGGAAAACUACUCUUAUCCUUGCUGUGGAAAGGCAAAGCCAAGUUGUGGUGGAGGCUAUAUUAGACAAAAAUGAGGUUGAUAUUGAUGAUGCAGACAAGAACAGCAGAACUGCGCUGAUGAUAGCGGUGGAAACUAAAAACUAUGAAAUAGCAAAGGUGUUGUGUGAAAAGGGAGCAAGAACAGACAUUGGGAAUCUCCUUGAAAUCGCUAGUCAAACUUAUAACAAUGAAAAAAUCAUAGAACUCCUACAGCAGUUUGGUUCAUUACACAUUUCAAGCCAACCAAUGGUAAAGUGGAAGCCUUCUAGUAUACGCUGGGGACCCCAACUCCAGGAUCUGUAUGGGAGGUAUCGUCCUAUGAUCGGAAAACUCAAGAUUUUUCAAUAUGCAGAUUUUAGGAUUCAGAGAAACUCUCAAGGAGGAGUGUAUUUGGGAUUAUAUGAUGGAGAAGCGGUGGCUGUGAAGAUAUUCUGUACUGAUGCAGAAAAUGCUGAACGAGAGAAAACUUGCCUGGAGAAAUGCCGUACCAGCAAUCAUCUGAUGACGUUUUGUGGAUGGGAAGAACGGAAAAACUGUCUGUAUCUGUGCCUCUCCUUGUGUGAGAGGACCCUUGAAGAAUACUUCAAAAUGGAUGACAAUGCAGACAUGAGUAGCAAAGAUAUUCUUAAAACAGUCUUUCUGGCAGUGAAGGAACUACAUGAAUUUGGAUUUGGCCAUCAAGAUCUGCACCCCAGUAACAUUUUGAUAGAUGUUACUGGCAAGAUUUUCCUAGCAGAUUUUGACAAGUGUAGGAAAAUAACUGCUGAUGACCAGAAAGAUCAUAUAAUCUCAGAAGACCUACAGGGUCUUCGACAUCUUAUCCUAUACAUUGCAAUGAGGGGGAAAAUUUGCUUUGAAGCCUUACCUAAAUGGUGCCCAGAGGACAUAGCUGAUUGUAUGGAAAUUGACGACCUCUACAGAAGUCUGGAAUUACCUGAUAAAAACAUCAAAGUCAGCGAACACCUGGGACAUCUGAUAUACCACCCUUAUUUCUGGAAUGAAGCAAUGAAAUAUGGGGUCUUAACAAAAGUCGGGAAUGAGAGUGAUAUCAAGACACGCAACACCAAACAUCAUAACAAUACUAGUGAAAUUCUGAAAGUUUUAAAUUGUGAAGACCAUCCUUUCAAGGGCUGGACUCAAAAAGUUGAUCAAGAAGUAUUGGACAGUAUGGUUGCCCCAUUUCAUGCCAAGGCCAAAAAGAAUCCAAACAAAAACAAGCGAGUUUAUGAUGAAGACUGUGUGACAGAUUUAUUGAAAUUAAUCAGGGAUAUGGAUGCACACUACAGUGAGAAGAGUGAAGAGGUGAAGAAUAUAGUCAGGGAUCCUCAAGAAUAUUUUUUGAAACUCUUUCCAAAUUUAACCAUUUUUGUCUACCAGAGGUUGAGUAGUAUAAAAUAUGAUAAGCAUUUUCCUAAUGCCCAACAUCCUUCACAACUAUAACAAGGACCAAUGGAUACGGAUUCCUUCUGGACAUUCUUUUUGCUUUGCUACCAUUUCUCUAUAAGAACUGUUUAUAAUUGAUCUUUCAAUCUUCCUUAUCUUUUAUAAUCUCAAAAUCUCUUCACAUUUGCAUGACUGACCAUACCCUAAUUUCAAAUGUCCCUAAUGCAUGUGCUGGUCUCUGUUAUAGGCAACUGCCAGGGAUACAAAACAUGUUUCUAGAUUUUCAAUAUCACAGUUAAAAAACAACAAAAUAUAGGACAUCUUUAUACAUUCACAGGAAAACGGUGGAAAGGUUAAAAAGACAUAGGCCCCUUCCACAUAGCUGUAUAAAAUCCACAUUGAACUGGAUGAUAUGGCAGUAUGGACUCAGAUAAUCCAGUUCAAAGCAGAUAUUGUGAAUUAUCUGCCUUGAUAUUCCGAGUUAUAUGGCUGUGUGGAAGGACCCUUAGAAAGAAUGAGUGAAACAAAUUUGAAAUGCAAACUCAAAGAUUUUUGAAUUCUAAAAUGCCACAUAACAUACAUCCACAACCUGAAAAACACUUUGAAUUUUGGAAGGUAUUACAAAGGCCAUUAAACACAACUAAAGCACUCCUGAAAGAUGGUCACCUGUUCUCUGCUCUAAAGAUGAAUAGGUGGAAGUCUUUAUACUGGAAAAUAGCAUCUCCAAGGAUGCAGGAUUUGCAAAGACAAUCUGCUAUUUCCUGACAAUAAGGGUAAAAUACCUGUAAGGCAAGAAAUUGCCCAUCAGGUACUUUAGACACUGUUUUUUAAGACUAAAGAUAAAGGUAAAGAUAAAGGUUUCCCCUGAAGUUAAGACCAGUCGUGACCGACUCUGAGGGUUGGUGCUCAUCUCCAUUUCUAAGCCGAAGAGCCGGCGUUGUCCAUAGACACCUCCAAGGUCAUGUGGCUGGCAUGACUGCAUGGAACGCCGUUACCUUCCCGCCGGGGCGGUACCUAUUGAUCUACUCACAUUUGCAUGUUUUCGAACUGCUAGGUUGGCAGGAGCUGGGGCUAACAGCGGGUGCUUAUUCCGCUCCCGGGAUUUGAACCUGGGACCUUUUGGUCCGCAAGUUCAGCAGCUCAGCGCUUCAACACACUGUGCCACCAGUGGCACUUUAAACAUUUUUUUUGUAGAAUUAAUGCAGUUUAACACUUUAGCUGCCAUGGCCCCAUGCUAUAGAAACAUGAGCAUUGUAAUUUUUCAAGGUCUUUAGUGUUCUCUGCUGAAGGUUGCUGGUGCCUCACCAAACUAGAAAUCACAGGAUUCCAUAGCAUUGAGCCAUGACAGUUAAACUGGUGUCAGACUGCAUUAAUUCUGCAUUAAUAUUUAGCUAAAGAACUCAUUAGGUGUGAAGUCUUGUCUCUGCCUUUUCUCUCCUUUGCUUCAGUUCCCUCUGUUUAAGUUCCCCAAUAGUGUAGAUGCCUCCAUUUGUAUUAGUUUUGGGGUUGAGCUUUAAAAAACCUCUAGAGGCCAACCUUAGUUGGUUUAGUCCAUUUGCCUGUACAGAACGUUCUUGCUAGGCCCUCCUUUUCUUUCUGUAAUAGACCUAUAGAGUUUAGAGGCCUGGAUAUUGUCUGGGAAUCCUAAGCCCUAGCAAUCCAAACAGGUAUCCUUAGCACUAAGCUCUUCAUAUACCAUCAGUCACAGUGACAACAGAAGCUUGUGGUUAGCCCAAGUUUCAUAAAGUAGAAGACCAAGUCCAUCACUUUACAUCAGAGCCAAAAGACUUUCAAGGAUCCCAGAGAGAUGACUGUGACCAGCAAAAUCUACUUUUGUAAUGUAUUGUUUUAAAUUAUCUUUCAAUAGCCCUGGGUGGAGUUAACCCUUCAUUCAUCUUAUUUUCAGUAAACUCGUUUUGGUUAACUUUCAUCUUGCCUAAAGUGCCUCUGUAUGUUAAGGGUCUUAAUAGAAGGUAUAGAGAUACCCCCCACGUAAAGCCAAUUAUCACAGGGACAGAAAGUGAGAUGAAAUCUUCUGAACAGAGGCACAGAAAGCAAAACAAAUGUUACAGGGGUGUUAACCCUCUCCUAUGCUAUCCAAAACUAAUAUAUAUGUAUGUAUGUACCCCUCUGCCCCUCUCUUUUCUCGGCAAAGCGGGACACUUCACCUCUCCUUUCUCAUGAGGCCCUUUGACUCCUUGUUUUGUGCCACAUCAUUUAGGCAUCUCAAAUCAUCCAGUCUUCUCCUCUGAUUAGCAAUCCUCAUUGAGCAAUUGUCCCUCAUGAUGUCUGUUGCACCUCUGUGAUGCUGACCCCCAAUAAAUGUAACUUAAAAUCAA